GCGCGUGAGGUCCAGCCGUGGGAACAUGGCAGAGGCUCCGUCUGUAGCUGCGGAGGUGUCCCGGAAAAGAGGCGCUGAGCCCGGCCCGCAAACUGAACAUGCUCCGGAAAGGAAGAGGGCCUGCUGGGGCAUUCUGACUAGCCAAGGGUCGUGGGCAGAUCGCUCCCCUCUUCAUGAAGCAGCUUCUCAGGGUCGAUUGCUGGCACUGCGCACUCUGCUGGCCCAGGGCUACCACGCCAACAUUGUCACCAUUGACCAUGUGACCCCUCUACAUGAAGCCUGCCUGUCAGGACAUGUUGCCUGUGUCAGAGCAUUAAUACAUGCUGGAGCUUAUGUGAACGCUGCUACCAUUGAUGGUAUAACUCCUCUGUACAACUGUUGUUCCUCUGGGAGUGUUGGUUGUAUGGAUCUUUUGCUGCAGAAUGGGGCACAUACAAACACACCAUACACACACUUCCCCUCAGCUCUGCAUGAAGCCUGCAAGAGAGGUAACAGCCAGUGCGUAGAGUCCCUGCUGUCUCAUGGAGCAGAUCCAGAUUAUGAAGUAUCCCAUUUGGGCUCCCCUCUCUAUGUGAGCUGUCUACACCGGCACACAGCCUGCUCAAAGAUUCUGCUGCACAGAGGAGCCAAUGUGAAUAUAGGCAGAGGAAAUGACAGCCCUCUCCAUGCAGCUGUCAGACAGGACAGUGAUGAUCAGGUGUCAGUGUUACUGGACAACGGAGCUGACAUUAACCUCAGAGACAACAACAACCAACGACCUGUGGAGCUCGCACCUCCAGGUGGAAAAACACAACAGCUGCUAAUGUUAUUUGAAGUUUCACCGAGGAGUCUCUCCCAGUUGUGUCGUCUACAGAUCAGGAAUCUGCUUGGCCGAUCCAGAGAAAAACUUCUCCCCCUCCUCCCUCUCCCCUCCCGCCUUACUCACUACCUGGAGCACACAUAGGAUAACGGGCACACCUGCCGCAUGACAGUGAAAAACAACUGAAACACAGAUGCCAUGUCUUGAACUUUGAAAUUAUUAACCACAUUUCAUGUUAACAUAUCAUAACUGUGGUUUAAACUGUAUAGGUGAGUCUGACUACAACAUCAUCACACCAAACAAUACUGAACAUUUACUCUGGUGCACUCACUACUCUGGUAUGUUGCCUUUGUGUUCCAAAAUUGCCACAAUUUUAUUUUAAAGUUUUAUUUAAUAGGACAUGAUACUUUUCCUUGUAUGAUAUGGUAUUGACAACUAAUCUCAAUUUAGAGCUCAUUCAUCAACUUCAUUUUGUGAAUAUUGGAGAUUAUUUACAUUGUAAAAAUUGUCCCUCAAGUAUCUAUAUGUAUAUAUGAAUACCAUUAAAUGAUCUGUGAUGUGACCUCAGUGAUCUCUCCAGCAGGCAGCCAGUGACACAGAAGUGAGCAUGAAUGAGGGUUACACUUUAGAUUUGCUAGUGACCUGUUUAUCUGAAUGCACCUCAGCCUCUACACUGUUUAUGUAUUGUGUCAACAUUUUUAAAAGGUAAUUUAUCAAGAGAAUCAUUGCAUGAAUGAUAAAUUGUGGUUGACUGCAGGAUUAAAAACACAUUUUGUGAAGACUCUCAGUCAUCCAGGCCUGUGUUGCCAUAAGCUACAAAUGAUUUUACUGUGAUGUUUGAUGUAUUGUUAAGUGAUGUUUUCCUAAAGCCUUUUGUCUAAUGCUUAUGUGUUAAAUGAUGACUAUUAGUUCUGAAGAUGUGCUAAAAUUUACUGAACAAAUGUCCAAAUGCUCAUCCUGCAAUAUUCUCAUUGUGUUGAAAGUAUCAUCAGAAUUGACAUGGACAACUCUCUACAACCAUUUAUUGUUUUUCUUUAUUCUUAUUUAUAUUAAUAUAUUUUUCCCACC